AUGAUGUCGUACCUGAAGCAGCCGCACUACGGAGUCAGCGGGCUGGGCCUGGAGCUGCUGCCCCCGCCCGUGGGGUACCCGGGGACCCCCCGCAAGCAGCGGCGGGAGCGCACCACCUUCACCCGGGCGCAGCUGGACGUGCUGGAGGCGCUGUUCGCCAAAACGCGCUACCCGGACAUCUUCAUGAGGGAGGAGGUGGCGCUGAAAAUCAACCUGCCCGAGUCCCGCGUGCAGGUGUGGUUCAAGAACCGCCGCGCCAAGUGCCGCCAGCAGCAAGCCCAGGGCUCGGGCCCCCCCAAACCGCGCCCACCCCCCAAAAAGAAGAGCUCCCCCCCCGCCGCCCUCUCCCCCCUGCCCGACCCCGCGGCCUUCCGGGGCUUCGGGGGCUCGGGGGGCUUCGGCCAGAGCUACCCCGCCUAUUUCGGGGGGCUCGACCCCUACCUGUCCCCCCUGCCCCCCCAGGUGGGCGGGCUCAGCCCCCUGGGACCCCCCCCCGCUUUCGGGGGGACCCCCGGGCUGGGCUUCGGGGGUGCCGCGGAUUGCCUGGAGCUGAAGGAGCCGGGCAGCGCCUGGAAGGUGAAUCUGGGGGGCGCCGAUUGCCUGGAGUACAAGGAGCAGAGCACCUGGAAGUUCCAGGUGUUGUAG